AUGUCUGCCAAAUACCAAGCCUGGCGAGUCUACCCCAAGGCGUCUACCCACGACGAAAAAUCCGUCGAAAUCCUAGACAAUCUCGCGCUAGAAGAAGUCGAAAAGCCCAUCCCAGGCCCUGGGCAAAUCCUCGUGCGUAUCCAUGCAGCAGCACUAAACUUCCGUGACCUGCUCAUUACAGCCUUCUCGCCCAAAUAUCCCGUCCCAAGCAUACCCGGAUUAUCUCCUUGCUCUGACGGAGCAGGCUCCAUAGAAGCUGUGGGUCCAAGCAAGAACAACAAUUGGAAAAUCGGCGAUGAAGUUAUAUUUCGAGUCACUAAUUCAUGGGAUGAUGGCGACGUAUCCAAUUUCAAGGGCAAUGGAUUAGGGAGUGGAGAUAUUCACGGGACUUUGAGUCAGUAUCUACUGCUCGAUGAAUCAUGGUUAGUCAGGAAGCCCGCCCAUCUUACAUGGGAGCAAGCUGCCAGCAUUGCUGGUGCUGGCGGAACCGCUAUUCAAGCUCUGUUUCAUAACGGCAUAUCCAACGGUCUGGACCUCUCUGGAAAGACAGUCUUGACACAGGGCACUGGUGGUUCGUCCAUGUUCUGCGCGCAGUUUGCUGUGGCAGCUGGGGCUCGAGUCAUUGGCACAACCAGUUCAGACACAAAAUCUGAACUACUCAAAAGUCUCGGUGUGCAUGAAGUAGUGAACUACAAAACUCACCCGUCAUGGGCCGACGAAGUUGUGAGACUUACAGAUGGCAAAGGCGUAGAUCUCGUCAUUGACGUCGGCGGAUCCGCGACUUUUGAGCAGAGCCUCAAAGCUGCUCGUUUUGGGGGAACGGUGGCUGCGGUAGGAUUCUUGACGGAGCCUCGGCCGUCUGAUCCUGGCUUGAUACAUGCGAUCAUAUUCGGUGCAAAGACGAUCCGAGGUCAAAUGGCUGCUAGCUUGGAGAUGUACCAUGAGCUGGUAGAAUUGAUGGAAAAGCAUAGGAUCGUGCCUGUCGUAGGGCAAGUGUUUGAGUGGACAGAAGCUAAGGAUGCAUUCGAGGCAUUGAUGAGACAGUCUGUUUCAGGCAAAAUUGUGAUAAAAGUAGUGUAG